UGUAACUUCCUGUCACUUUGCAAAGUUACAAAACAUGAAAUGAUUAUGAGUUUUUAAUUUUAAGACGUGUUUUACUAUUAUCUUAUAUGGUUUACGAUGGAAUAUGGCCAUCCUAUACCACCCUUUGAAGAGGAGGAGUCUCAUUCUGGACGGAGUUCCAGUGUUUCAGAAAGUGUGUUUGUCGAGACGACUUUUGGAGCGAGCUCAUCUGCGCCAGUAACUACAGUCUCAGCUGUUGGUGAGGAGGCUGACAGUGUGAUAUCAUCGACUGUCGCCUCCACUGGCACCAGUAACACCAUCCUCAGUCAUGCCGGCAGCACCGAUUCCAGCGGGGUAUCAGAGAGCUGGCACAUGCUUGGUGUUCCCCCAAAUAGCGACAGUCGACUGUCACAAACAUCAGUGAUUGGCGAGGAGGAGGAGACAGUUGUGGUUUUUGUAGAGCCUCCAAACAAGAAGUUGUGUUGCCGACUCUGUGGUCGCAUUUUUAAGGAUCCUGUGAUAGUGAAUUGUGGGCAUACAUACUGCAGGCGGUGUGUUAAUCAGCGACCUGAUGAGAAUUGUCCAGUAGAUGGUCACACGUUGGGUGUGGUAGUGGCCAACAUUGCGGUGUCGGAACAAAUCGGGGAGAUGACGGUGUACUGCAAGUAUGGGUGUCACCUCUCCGAGGAUGGCCAGACUCACAUACGAGACACCACACGCUGUCCAGCAAUUGUCAAACUGGCCAACAGAAGAGAGCAUGAAGAAGAGUGUGACUAUAUGCCUGUAGACUGUCCAAACAACGCUGGUUGUCCUCCAUUACUAAAAAAGGAGUUGGAAGACCAUCUACGACAUUGCAGCAAUGUGCGCUGUCCGCACCAGAAAUUCAGCUGUGAGUUCACCGGCACAUCGGAGGAGCUGGAAGACCACCUGAAGGUGUGUAAAUUUGAGAGCAUGAAGGAGUUCCUACAGCGGACGGAUGAGCGCAUCACUGACCUUCAGUUCGCCCUCAACUCCAAGGACCAGGAGAUUGCCUUCCUCAGGUCCAUGCUUGGGAAACUAUCAGAAAAGGUUGAGUCAUUGGAGAAGUUCACUGAUGUCAAAGUUCAGUUACUAGAGCACAGUCAGAGUAAAAUACUGGGUGAAAUAGACGAUUCCAGAAGGGAAUAUGCAGUCAUCGCUGAUGAAUUACAACAUAUCAAUGGCUAUCUCAGCCAGCAGCAGUCUGUAAUGGGAGCAUAUGAUCCUCAGCAGAUGUUUAAAUGCCGAGGAACCUUUGUGGGGCAUCAGGGUCCAGUCUGGUGCCUGUGUCUGUUUGGUGACUAUCUGUUCAGUGGCUCCUCAGACAAAACCAUAAAGGUUUGGGACACGGGGAGCACGUAUCGUUGCCUGAAGACAAUGGAGGGCCACUCAGGGAUUGUUCUUGCCCUCUGUACCUAUGGAAACAAGUUGUUCAGCGGCUCACAGGACUGCUCCAUUAUUAUCUGGAACAUAGAGGAGAAUGACUUUGAAAAGGUGAAGGUCAUUGAUGCCCACCUGAACCCUGUAUGCACCCUCGCAUCAGCCAAGAACAUGCUCUUCAGUGGAUCGCUCAAGGUCAUCAAGGUGUGGGAUGUUCACACCCACCAGUUGAAGAGGGAGCUGACGGGCCUCAACCAUUGGGUGCGGGCCCUGGUCGCCACGGGAAACCUUCUCUAUAGUGGAUCUUACCAAACUAUCAAGAUCUGGGAUAUAGACCGCCUGGAGUGUGUGCGUCAGCUGGAGACGUCAGGGGGGAGUGUAUACAGUAUCGCCAUUACCAGCCAUCAUGUCCUCUGUGGCACAUAUGAGAACGUCAUACAUGUUUGGGAGACAGACGGUGAGCAGCCGAUCACAACCCUACGAGGUCACUCAGGCACGGUGUACGCCCUCGCAGCCUGCACAACCCCUGCGGGGGUGCGCGUGUUCAGUGCCUCAUAUGAUAGAUCACUCCGGGUGUGGAGUAUGGACAACAUGAUUUGCUCACAGACACUGGUCCGACACCAGGGCAGCGUGGCCAGUCUCGCUGUAUCCAAGGGACGAAUAUUCUCUGGGGCUGUUGAUAAUACUGUCAAGGUGUGGUUACUUUAAGGUGUGGCAAUAAAACGAGCUGAUUGCAAAAUAUCUGAUGGACGGUCAUGCCCUGAUCCACAGGGCUACAAGGGCCCUAUAUGAUGAUGAUCUGACUCCAGAGAUGUGCCAGCUAGACAGAAAAAGGACAGCGAAGAUGUGUGUAUGUUUGUCGAGAUGGUAUAAUGAAGAUUGUUAUAAUUUUUCUUGAUUUUUCGCAAGUCAAUCAGAUAUUUGCAAAUUUAAAAAUAAAAGAGAUACUACAAUUUUCCUUUGCUUUCUUAUUAUGAAAUAUGGCAUUGGAAGAAAUAUAGCAUUGGGAGUUUUAUACCUCAUUAUAAUCAUAUGCCAAAACGAAAUUGCGAAAAAGAACAUCAUGAAAUUAAAACAAUCUACCUUAAUCAAAACACCAAAGUAGAUCCCAGGACACAUAACCGUACAUCACUAGAUACAUGACGACACCCAGGAAAUAGCUGAAACCUCCAGAAGCGGCAAAAUGACAUGGAGGUCAAGGUCAAAGAAAGGUGUAAGGCCAAGGACAUGUGCAAAAAACCUAGAUACACAUUAGUAGGGAACAGUUGUUCUGUGGUGUAGUUAGAUGUAGAUGAUAUUAACGUAUUCAGAACCAAGAGUGUUCAAGAAAAAACUUUACUGUUCCACUACAGCAUAGAAUUUUUCGCUGCACUACAGAGCUUUCAUCUGUGCAAAAAUAAUAGUCAAAAUUGGCUUUGAUGUUUGAAAUCAAAAUGUUGUUUUCAGAAAUAGUUGCGUAACUGCUUUUCAGUUCUGGACUCUUUUAAAUGAUCAAGCUGCAGCUAGCCUUCUACAAGUAUUAGGCAGUUAAGUUGUUCAGUGUGUGUAGUAACUCUGGUGAAUGUGCAAUGUAUAUGUCUUCCAUGUAUAUGUAUACAUAUAAACAUAUAUAUACAGUUGAAUCCCUGUUGGCUCGAACUCACUUGACUCAAAUGUUAAGGACCAAUUUCUUAAUACUGGUCAUAAGCAUUUUCGCUUGGCUAAAUUUCCCGAGGCUUGAGGUAUUUUCUAGGAGUUGAAGCCAACAGGGUUCGAAUGUAUAAAUAUAGAGGUGUAUGUCACAAUUUCAUUCCUUCAAUCUUUUACCCUGAAGUAAAAGCAUUUCCAGAAUAUCUAUGAAUAUAUAUUGAAUGUUUUGGAAACCUGAAAUAUAUUGUACCCCUAAAGUUUUUUUAUGAUUUUCAAUUUGUGCCCGUUUGUUUUCUGAUUCGUUCAAGUUUAAACUAACAGUUUUCGAUUUAUUAACCUAAGUAAAUGAGAAAUCAUUUUUCAUUCUGUAAUUUGUCAGAUUAAUGUCAUUUUUAUACAUGUUUAUUCAUUAUUGAAAACGUACCAAAAAUAUCUUUCGUUUCAAAUUCAUUUAUCAAACAGUUCACUGUUAUAGUAAACGGUUUACUAGUAUUGUGCAAAUUGUAUUAGAUUUUUUGGUUGCAAGCGCUAAAAAGUAAAUGAAAUAUUUUGAUAAAACAUCUUUCCGGUAUAUAGUCUUUGAUGUUACAAUUUACAUGUAGGUGUGUUGUCAGAUUAAUGUCAUUUUUAUACUUGUUUAUUCAUUAUUGAAAACGUACCAAAAAUAUCUUUCGUUUCAAAUUCAUUUAUAAAACAGUUCACUGUUAUAGUAAACGGUUUACUAGUAUUGUGCAAAUUGUAUUAGAUUUUUUGGUUGCAAGCUAAAAAGUAAAUGAAAUAUUUUGAUAAAACAUCUUUCCGGUAUAAAGUCAUUGAUGUUACAAUUUACAUGUAGGUGUGUUAUUGAAAAGAAUAAAGUGCCUUGAAAUUACAUAGUAGCUCUUUUACUUGAACAUCCUCAAGUUUGUUUCUAUACAUCAUGACAGACUCGGACCCUUCAACAGGCACAAGCAAGAUCUCCAGGAUUAUGAUUAUAACGUAUUUGCUAUUAAUAGUUAACUAGGUUCAAUUGUGUAACAAUACUUUUAAUGGAUACCUCAUUUAGAAAAGGGCAUUUUAAGGUUGCGGUAUGUGUCGAUGAGAUGCUAUCAAUACCAUUAAAGUAGCAUGUUUAACUAUAAAUAAACUAAAUGUUACUAUUUUGGUUACUUUUGUUACAUGUAAUACAUUAGUAUUCUUAAAAAAAUCAUAAUAAAUGUAU